UGGCGUCUGGGCACUGAUCCAUAAUGAAGGGUCACACCACAUUCCCCUAGCAGCAGCACCCCAAUCCUCCAACCUCGUGACAGCUGGGGAAACUGAGGCCCGGAGACUUGCCGGGGGGUCGUACAGUUGAUGGGUGGAGGAGCUGGGGCUGUUGGCUGCAACCCCCGCCUCCCAGUUAGCUGGCGCAUUUGGGGGAAUCUCUCUUCCCUGGUCAAUCUCUGGCUCCUUAUUUUCCAAACAAGCCCCCCCGGCCCUGGCCCAACCCCAUCUCGGUUCAGUUUUCAGGCUAAAUAUUUUGAAUGUAGCAAUCGAAAACAAAAGGGAACCCGAACCCGGCCCCUCGCGCCUGCUCGGGGCCUGGCAGCUCCCACCAUGUCACCGCGCUGCCUGCAACCCACCCGGGGCAGCGGUGGAAGGAGGCAGGGCCCCUAGGCGAAGGUGGGAGCGCUUUGGCCCUGCCCCUGGGCUGGUGUUUCACCUGGCUGCACUUGGGGAGGGCGGGAGGCAGCUCCGCCCAGUUGUCUGCGCCCAGGUGUGCUGCUUGGUGCAGGCUCAGAGCUCGGCUGCUCGCCCAGCCCUAUGCACGCAGCACGGGAAUCGGGGGGCGCAGAAGCCGGGGGCUUUCUCCUUGAAGCCCGGAGCGAGGUGGAUCGAGGCCAGUUGUGGUGGAGGCCGAGGAGCGGCGCUGUCCCUGCCAGUCCCCUGGGAAUGAAGUGGGAGGCGCUGGGGUCCCUCUGUUCCCAAGCUCUGCAGCCGGGGUGGCGCCUGAUUUCCGCCCCUUAAGAGAAGCUGCCGGGGGCGCGGGCCUGUGCGCAUUCUGCCUCGCUUUGGAGAACGGCUGGGGGCUUUUCUGUUCAUGGACCAUGGGGGCGGAGAAGGAGACAGUGGCACCGUCGUCCCUCUGCCUCCUGCCGCUCGGGAUAGCUCUGCUGGUGCUCAGCCUCGUCCCACCUGUGCCUGCGCUGGCCACCCCUGGAAUCUGCUGCAGCAUGGACAUCCGCAACGACGUCUCCCAGCUGAGGAAGCUGGAGAACUGCACCAUCAUCGAGGGCAACCUGCAGAUCCUCCUCAUGUUCACCACCGCCGCCGAGGACUUCCGCGGCCUCAGUUUCCCCCGCCUCAUCAUGAUCACCGAGUACCUGCUCCUCUUCCGGGUCUACGGGCUGGAGAGCCUGCGUGACCUCUUUCCCAACCUGUCCGUCAUCCGGGGCACUAACCUCUUCUUCAACUAUGCCCUGGUCAUCUUCGAGAUGCCCCACCUCAGGGACAUCGGCUUGCACAGCCUGACCGAUAUCCUGCGGGGCUCGGUGCGCAUUGAACGCAACCAGGAGCUCUGCCACAUCUCCACCAUCGACUGGGGGCUGCUCCUGCUCGACUCGGUGGAGAACAACUACAUCGUGAGCAACAAGCAGGUGGAGGAGUGUGCCGACGUGUGCCCGGGCAUCCUGGACGUGGAGAAGCCCUGCGUCCAGACCAGCGUCAAUGGGCAUCUAGAGUAUCGCUGCUGGACAUCCAGCUACUGCCAGAAAGUGUGUCCCUGUGGAGACGGAAUCGCCUGCACCGUCACCGGGGAAUGCUGCCACCCGGAGUGCCUGGGAGGCUGCAGCCGGCCGUGGGACAGCAGGGCCUGCGUGGCCUGCCGCCACUUCCACUUCAACGGGCAUUGCCUGACCUCCUGCCCGGCCCGCACCUACCGGUACGAGGGCUGGCGCUGCGUGACGGCUGAGUACUGCGCCAGCCUCCGCAAGGUGUCCGAGAACCCCCGCGAGGCCUCUGAGUUCGUCAUCCACCAUGAGGGGUGCCUGUCCGAGUGCCCCUCGGGGUACACGCGCAAUGACAGCAGCAUCUUCUGCCACAAGUGCGAGGGGCUGUGCCCCAAGGAGUGCAAGGUGGGCACCAAGACCAUCGACUCGACCCGCGCGGCGCAGGAGCUGGCCGGCUGCACCUACGUCGAGGGCAACCUGAUCGUUAACAUCCGCAGGGGCUAUAACCUGGUCUCGGAGCUGCAGAACAGUCUGGGACUUAUUGAGACCAUCACGGGCUUCCUGAAGAUCAAGCACUCCUUUGCCCUCGUCUCCUUGUCCUUCUUCAAGAACCUCAAGCUCAUCCGGGGGGACUCCAUGGUGGACGGGAAUUACACCCUCUACGUCCUGGACAACCAGAACCUGCAGCAGCUCUGGGACUGGAGCCACCACAUGCUCUCCAUCCCCGUGGGGAAGGUGUACUUCGCGUUCAACCCCAAGCUGUGCCUGUCCGAGAUCUACCGCAUGGAGGAGGUGACGGGCACCAAGGGCCGGCAGAACAAAGCCGAGAUCAAUCCUCGUACCAACGGGGACAGAGCCUCCUGCAAGACCCAGACUCUGCGCUUCGUUUCCAACAUCACCGAGUCCGACCGCAUCUUCCUGAAGUGGGAGCGCUACCGGCCCCCUGAGUACCGUGAUCUGCUCAGCUUCAUCGUCUACUACAAGGAAUCGCCCUUUCAGAACGUGACCGAGUACGUGGGGCAGGAUGCCUGCGGGGCCAACAGCUGGAACGUGGUAGAUGUGGAGCUGCCGCUGAACAACGACCAGGAUCCGGGAGUGGCCCUGCUGAACCUCAAGCCCUGGACCCAGUAUGCCAUCUUCGUCCGCGCCAUCACCCUGACCACGGCCGAGGAGGGGCGCAACUACGGGGCGCAGAGCGAGGUGGUGUACGUCCGCACCAUGCCGGCAGCCCCCACAGUGCCCCGGGACGUCCUCUCCAUGUCGAACUCCUCCUCCCACAUCAUUGUGCGCUGGAAGCCGCCCAGCCAGCGCAACGGGAACAUCACCUACUACCUGGUGCUGUGGCAGCAGCUGGCCGAGGACCUGGAGCUCUACGUCAAUGACUAUUGCCACAAAGGCCUCAAGCUGCCCACCAGCAGUGCGGACACCCGCUUCAACGUGGACGACAGCGGGGCCCCCGAGCUGGAGCAGGACACGGAGGAGCGGUGCUGCCCGUGCCACCGGGACGGCGGGCAGCUGCAGAUGGAGGGCGAGGCUGUCUCCUUCCAGAAGAAGUUUGAGAACUUCCUACACAAUUCCAUCAUCAUCCCCAGACCCCCUUGGAAGGUGACGUCUGUCAAAAAGAACCCUCAGAGGACUCGGAAAAGACGCAGAGACAUCUUGGCUCUGACCAGCUCUGGCCACCCCCUCUCCAACACCUCCUCUCUGGAGCUCCCAGGGAAACCGCCGUCCCUGAACCUAACAGGCGCUGCCCCCAAAGCUCAAACGGAUUUCCGGAUCUUUGAGGACAAAGUGGUGCGGGACCGGACGGUCAUUUCCCAGCUGCGCCACUUCACCGAGUACCGCAUCGACAUCCACGCCUGCAACCACGCCGCCCACACCGUGGGCUGCAGUGCGGCCACCUUUGUCUUUGCCCGGACUAUGCCUGAGGUGGAAGCGGAUAACAUCCCCGGCAACGUCACCUGGGAGCCGGCCAGCAAGAACAGCGUCCUGCUGCGCUGGGAGGAACCCAAGAACCCCAACGGGCUCAUCCUCAAAUACGAGAUCAAGUACAGCCGGGAAAACGAGGAGGUCACCACCGUGGUGUGUGUCUCUCGCCACCGCUACGCCAAAUACGGGGGUGUCCACCUCGCCCUCCUGCAGCCGGGGAAUUACUCUGCCAAGGUCCGGGCCACCUCGCUGGCCGGGAACGGGUCGUGGACUGGACUCAUCAAAUUUUACAUCCUUGGCCCAGCCGAGGAGGAGUCUGGCGGCUUCUACGUGCUGCUGACCGUCAUGCCCAUUGUCCUCAUGGUGGUGAUCACCUGCCUGGUGGUCUUUGUCUUCUUCUACUAUAAGAGAAGGAACAAUGACGGGUACCCGAGCGGCACACUUUAUGCUUCGGUCAAUCCGGAAUACUUCAGCACCUCGGACAUGUACAUCCCGGAUGAGUGGGAGGUGUCGCGGGAUAAGAUCACGGUGAUCCGGGAGCUGGGGCAGGGAUCCUUUGGGAUGGUCUACGAAGGGAUUGCCCAGGGCAUUGAGAAAGAGGACGAGGAGACGAAGGUGGCCUUGAAGACCGUCAACGAGCUGGCCACCAUGAGGGAGCGGAUUGAGUUCCUGAACGAGGCCUCGGUCAUGAAGGCGUUUAAGUGUCACCACGUGGUCCGUCUCCUUGGCGUGGUGUCCCAGGGCCAGCCAGCCCUGGUCAUUAUGGAGCUGAUGACCCGAGGGGACUUGAAGAGUUACCUCCGCUCUCUCAGACCGGACGCAGAGAACAACCCUGGCCUGCCCCCCCCGUCACUCAAGGACAUGAUCCAGAUGGCAGGGGAGAUCGCCGACGGCAUGGCCUACCUCAACGCCAAGAAAUUUGUGCACCGGGACCUCGCCGCCCGCAACUGCAUGGUGUCGGAGGACUUCACGGUGAAGAUUGGAGAUUUCGGCAUGACCAGAGACAUCUACGAGACGGAUUAUUACCGGAAAGGUGGCAAGGGGCUGCUUCCUGUCCGCUGGAUGUCCCCGGAAGCCCUGAAGGACGGGAUCUUCAACACCCACUCUGACGUCUGGUCGUUUGGGGUGGUGCUCUGGGAGAUCGCCACGCUGGCCGAGCAGCCCUACCAGGGCUUGUCCAACGAGCAGGUGCUUCGCUUUGUGAUGGACAACGGCAUCCUGGAAAGGCCUGAGAACUGCCCGGAGAAACUCCACGAGCUGAUGAGCUGGUGCUGGCAGCAGAACCCCCGCCUGCGCCCCAACUUCACCCAGCUACUGGAGAGCAUCAAGGACGACAUGGACCCCAGCUUCCGCAACCUCUCCUUCUUCUACAGCGCCGAGAACAAGCGCCGGGGCUCCUGCGAGCCCUCGGACGUGGAGACGGACAACCUGCUGGAGGAGGAGCCGCCCACCGCCCUGGCUGCCCUGCGCCUCCCCCUUGCCACCAACGGCAGCCCCGGGCCUGCCGUCGCCCCACAGAAAGACCUGAGCUAUCCCAGGAACUGCUGUCACUUGAACGGGGCACCGUACCUCUGAGAGCUGGGGAGCUCCCGGCCACGGCUGCUUCCAAAGCCUUCGUUGCAAAGAAGACCCCGUAGCUAUUAUCUGUUCCAUGAGGACCCUGCAAUGGAUCGUCUGGUUCCGCCACUGACCUCCCUAUAGGUCCAGAUUCCCAGGGAUCCCCACAUUGACACCCCUUCCACUCAUCGCGGCACUGGGAUUGGAUCUGAGCCACGUAAGCAGCCGGUUUUCAUCCCUCCUGGUGGGGGAAAGGCCCCCAGCUGCACCCUACGAGUCCCUUCAGGUCCCCUGCCUCCUGGGUGCCAGGGCUUCUCGCAGGCUUUGAGAGGGGCGGCAGAGCGAGACGCUGAUUACCGAUUUGGGGGAGAUGGUGACUUGGCCUUUGAAUUGCAGCAGAGCGUGUCUGGGCAAAGGGGAAACCCGGGGCGCCCCGCGAACACAGAGCCCGCUCUGUCAGUGCCGUUUUCGAGGUGUGGCGCGGGGUGACAGAUGCCUAAAACGGACACUCCUGUCGCUGACGGGCAAAGCCAUUGGGACGAGCAAUGUACUGUGACAGCUCCUUGGCUAGAAAACAAUGUCCCACUUCUUUGGGCCGGACAGCGGAGGGCUGGGCUGUUCCCUGGACACAGGGGUCUUUUCCCCUUUGGUGGGAAAUGCAGGCGAGCGGCUGCUCCUGUGGGGGGGGGUUGU